AAUCAGAUAAAUAUUAAUCAUCAGAUCUGUGAAUCAUGAAAUCUGAUUUUCAACAAAAGAGAAUAUUUUAAUAAGGGAUGAUCGUAGGACAGCUAAAUCUUCGUAGAUAAUUUUCAAAGACAACGACAAUAUCUAGAAAUAUUAACAAAGAGGAGUAGCUGUACUUAACAACAGAUAUUAAAUCAUCAUCCUUCUUUUGAUGAAAAGAACUUAACAUUCUUGAGGAAUGAGACAUCAAUGUUGUAGUUAAUUACAGGAGAUUAACUAGAAAAUUCAAAAUGUAUCCAAAAACAUGUAAUUAAUCGCGCGCAUCUUUUUGGAAAAUGAAAUCACUCUUCGAUGCCAAUGUGUUGGAUAUUUUGGACAUGAAAAUUGCUUAUAAAAAUAUAAAAGAAAAAAAAAGAUAGCAACGAAAACUACAAAGGAAGAGGAGAUUAAAUAAGCGUAUGGUAAAAGUGGCUGAAUAAAGGUGCUGAAAGUCAGCUGACAAUCGAUCGAUCCUUGUAAUAUCUGGUGCAGAAAAUAAUUCAAAGCGGCCGUGAAAGAUUUUUGAAUCGACGAUAAUUACUCGGAGCUAUAUGAAGAAACACGAAGAGAAAUAAAAUGUGAGUUAUAUUUUGACCGUUAAUGGUAUUAGCGACAAAAAGGAGAAGAAAGAUGUGUCUUGAAGAAACAUGACCUCGAGAAACACAAAAGAUUAGGACUAUGAAAUAAACCUUGACUAUGGAUAUCGAAUAGCAUUAAUGGUCCUUUUGAAAAGUUGAAAGACAUUCGACUUGUCUUAGGGUAUCUUUAUUGAAAAAAUAUUGUAUAUAAGGGAGGUACUUCUCAGCUAAGAUAGCCAGUUUUCGAUAGAAUCUAGAAGGAGAAUUAUCACAUUAUGGAGAUCAAAAUUAUCCUCUUAUACAUGAUCAUCCUACGAGGCCUAUUGGCUCAAGAAACAAAUCAUCAUUUUUCUUUGGAUCGAUUGAAAAAUGAUUUAUCCAAGGCGAAAUCUUUAAUGGAUUAUGAACAUUUUCCGGAAAAUCAAAAUCAAAAUUCAUUGUUUUACAAACAAAUGUAUCUAUCCGACGGAUUGAGCGAAGUGAAACGUAGAAAUAUAUUAUACUCUCAAAGCUAUUGUCCUUGUGAGAGUCAAUACGAGAUAAAGGAUCUAGGUGAGGGACACUAUCCUAGACAUAUAACAGUAUCCAGCUGCAAACCGAAAACAUGUCAGGAUAAAUUUAAUUCAUGUAAAUUGUUAAAAUAUAUGAUACACAUUCUUAGCGAACGAGAUACGACCACUUUGAUGGAAGAUGACAGUUACAUGGAUGAUAAUGCACCACUUCCUGAAUCGCUUCGUCACAAAUGGCAAUUGAAACCAAUGUACGUUGCGGUUGCUUGCGUGUCCGAAACAUAAAGAAAUAAAAGAAUAAGAAAAAGAAGAAAUUAAAAGAAAAAACAAGUUCAACGAUCGAUAAGUAGAAAAGUGGACAAAUAAAAUACUAUAGUCAAGAAAAAGAAAAGUAAUAGAUGUAAUAACAGUAAUAUAUUAUCAUGAUGUAUC